AAAAGUGAUCUUCGCUGGAAAGGCUCUGCGUACUAAAACACUGAAGCACCAAACGUCGCCUUUUUCUUUUUGUUCACCGACUCGCUUUUCAUCGCUCGCUCCGGAACGGUCGGCCGGUACGGUGGGAAAAGGUUUUGACCCGAGAUUUCACCAGAUCCGGCCGCCGUGUCGCUCGAGAUCUGCAUCCUUCUCGACGGGGUUCGAUGGAGGAGGCGCUGGAGAUGGUGCGGGUCAAGGACACCAAGGAGCGGAUGGCCGGGGUGGAGCGGCUCCGCCAGGUCCUGGAGGCUACAACCAGGAGCCUCUCCGCGGCCGAGGUCACUGCGCUCGUCGAUGCCUGCAUGGAUCUCCUCAAGGACAGCAACUUCCGUGUUUCGCAGGGCGCGCUCCAGGCGCUGUCCGCCGCCGCCGUGCUGUCUGGAGAGAAUUUGAAGCUUCAUUUCAAUGGACUUGUUCCGGCUGUCGUGGAGAGGCUAGGAGAUGGAAAACAGCCCGUGCGUGACGCGGCCAGACAGCUUUUGAUUACUCUUAUGGAGGUAUCAUCACCAACUAUCAUAGUUGAAAGAGCUGGUAGUUAUGCCUGGACACACAGAAGUUGGAGAGUGAGGGAAGAAUUUGCAUGGACUGUCACUGCAGCCAUUGGACUUUUUGCUUCAACUGAGCUACCCCUUCAGCGAGUUCUUCUACCUCACGUUUUGCAGUUGUUAACUGAUUCUAACCAAGGUGUAAGAGAAGCUGCUACUUCAUGUAUCGAGGAGAUGUAUGCCCAAGUUGGACCUCAAUUUUGUGAUGAAUUACACCGUCACCAUCUUCCUUCCUCAAUGAUAAAGGAAAUCAAUGCCAGGUUAGAAAAAAUACAACCAAAGCCUCAGCUGUCAGAUGGAGUUGGAAUUUCUUAUAUUUCAGCUGAAAUGAGGCCAUCAUUUGCAAACCAUAAGAAGAACAGUCCAAAGGUGAAGAUAGCUCAAAGAGAAACCUCAUUUUCUAGUGGUGACAAUGAGUCUGCUGAAAAGCCUCCGGUUCCUAUUAACGUGUUUUCAGAGAAGGAACUCAUUAAGGAAUUUGAAAAUAUUGCAUCUAUGCUUGUUCCAGAGAAAGAUUGGUCACUUCGCAUUGCUGCCAUGCAAAGAGUUGAAGGCCUUAUCUUCGGAGGUGCUAUAGAUUACAAAUCCUUUCCUACACUCCUAAAGCAACUAAUUGCUCCCCUUAAUACUCAGCUAUUGGAUCGGCGUUCUAGCAUUGUGAAACAGCUCGCCUCACAAGUCACCAUCGUUCCUUUUACGACAUAUCUAUCAGGUAUAUUGGGACUCAAACCUGUUUUAGGUCUUUGACCAUCUCGCUUCAAGCCUUUCAUCAAUGCAUCUCAUUGCAGAUGCUGUUUCCACUGUUUUCAAUACAUGUAUAUAUACAUACAUGUUCUUUGAAUACCAUUCUUGUUCUGUAUGCAUACUAUGAAGCAAUCAUCCUCGGUUUCGUGUCUUUCUUGGUCAAGUGCUAUUGCAUUUAUUUUCCCUUGAAUGAGGGUAACUUGAAAAUAAAAUGUAUUAUAUCGUUUCUCUUUUAAGAGUUUUAUAUUUCAGCGAUUUUUGAUCAUCUAUUACAAUGUAAACCUUUCAGCAUUUCUCUUAUUUCUUUGGUUGAAGUUUUAAUUUUUCAGCAAAUUUAACAUCUUCAGUAUAAGCGGCUAUUUAAUCAAAUCUUUAAUGUGGGAGACAACCAUGAGUUGAAUUUCAAAUUUUCCUUUUCUUAUUCUUUGGUUAUAUGUCUAUUGCUGAUGAUGGGUUUUAUGAUGUUUUCUUAAGACAGAAAUAGUAGGAAAAGAAAAGAAAUAAUAUUAUCAUUUUGUCCUGUUUACUUGGAACAAAGUAAAGAUAACUAUGGAAUUUGCUUCCAUCUGGUUUCUCUUAUUUUGUUUCUGCUAGAUUGGGACAAAAUGGAGGAAAUAAAGUUUAGGCGUCUAAUAAACAUAUAAUAUGCGAUUUCAUUUCUUUCCUCCGGGUUUUGUUCACAUAACAAGAAAUACAAUAGGAAGUAAGAUAAUAUAUUUUAUUUCUUUUUGCCUUCACUUAGGCACUGUUUACCUCAUGUGAAGGAGAGGAAGUGGAAAGGAAUUUCUAGUGCAACUGUAGAGAGAGUAAAUUGGAUGGAAUCUUGUUUAUAUUAUCCUUGACUGCUUCUUUGACAUAUAGGAAGGAUAAAGAGGUAAGAAGAAUAGGAAAUUGCUUGGAUACGUCCAUCUUCCUGAAUCUCUCCCAUGGAAAUGCUUAAUUGUUGCCAUCGAUUCUGAAGGCUUGACCUUGAUCAACCUACUUGUUCGCUAGAACAAACUCCUCCCCACUACUUGAUUAGCCUCCUAAACUUGGCAAUAAGGCCUGCUAGAUUGAUGUCGUUGCCUCCAAUGUUUUAGCUGAGCCUUUCAGACUUGACUACAGUACCAACCAAAUUGAUGAUGCUUUUUGAUGGCGUUGUUGUCGAGCCUCCUAGACUGAUGAUGCCAACUACAUUGACACUGCCUCCACUGCUUUUGUCCUCCAAGUGCCAUCAAUUGGAGUGGAGAUGAGAGCUGGCUCAAGAAGAUGCUUUGUUGAGAUUAGUGCUAAGAAAGGAAGACGAAGGUUGUUUGAGAAGGGCAAAAAUGGCAUUUCCCUUAUUUGUAUAUGGAGUUUGUUUCUUACCACUUUCGGUUGAAUAGUUUAGGCUAAAAAAUCUUUUUGAGGAAAGGAGUUUGAAUCUCUUCCUAACUUCUGUGUAAGCAAUUGAGGGAGUGGAACAUUAAUUUCCCUUGAUUCCUGUGCCUUUUAGAAACAAAGAAAAAAUAUAUUCAUGAAUGCAAUAUGAAAAACUACUGUAUCAUUAGACACUAUAAUAAUCAUUACUCACUACUCAGUACAAAUUCUAUAUCUCUUAUAUGCAAAGAGCAUCUCUAUUUGAUAGAUAGAAGCAAAUAAAGAAUUUAACUGGUUGACUAACAUUAAAGUCAUAACUAACUAUAGAAGAAGUCAUUCUAAAUGACUUGCAAAUUUGUAGUUGAUAUCUUUCAUGAUCCUUGUUAUGUUUAGUUUCUUCAUUUGGUUUCUUUGAAUAAUAUGAAUGAGUUAUGAUCUGCAUGCUUAAGUCAUAAUUACUAUUGGAUUGAUUAGUUUCUAAAGAGGUCAAAUCAUAAAUUCUCCUAAGAUUGCAUCGUUAGCCAGCUCAUCUAAGGUGUCAUUAAAAGAUUUUUUAAAUUAUUAUUUAUUAAAGUGUUCUUCUAUUAAGGUUUAGUUAUCAAGUGUUUUAUUUUAGCUUAAGUUUUUUGUUUUAGCUAAAAGUUCAUUGAGUGAGCUGAGGUCUGUGGAUGUUGUUUUUGAGGUUACUUCACUUAGAAAGCCUAUAAUGUUUACAUAUUUGUUAAGAUUUUUUUUUUAAAAUUUGGCGGGACAUAAAUUUUCAUGUAUGGUCUUUUCAUUCCAUGCUAAUGUGGGAUGGGGUUUUUGUUCGUCUUGGUUUCUAAUGGUCCAGAUAAGUUGCUAAUAUUUUAUAUUAGAUCCAUUUAGUGAAUUUGACAAAUUGUAUUUUUUCCUUUCUAUCAUAAAAACAGCACAUCUAUUCUAACAGUGUACAACAAUUAUUAUUUUUUUUAAAAAAUAUUUUAAUAUUUCUGUAGACAUGAAAUAAUUUGACUGAGUAAAAGUUUGUAUAUGAGAUUGCAUGUUUUUUCAUAAAUUUACAAGUGUAAGGAAUAAUUAUUUGUAUUUUUUUGUUGUAGUUCUUAUAAAACUAAGCUUGUUAUUUGCAUGAAUAUAGUUUGGUUAAUAUCUCUCACUUCUAAAAUUGUAUAUAUGUAUAUAUAUUUAGUGGUAAUUGAGGUAACUCUUCUUGCAAUGUCAUAGCUCAUUAUUUGCAUGAGUAUAGUUUGGUUAGAUGUUUCUUACUUCUAGAAUUGUGUGUGUGUGUCUAUAUAUAUAUAUAUAUAUAUAUAUAUAUAUAUUUUAGUGGUAAUUGAGGUAAUUCUUCUUGUAAUGUCAUAGCUCGUUAUUUGCAUGAGUAUAGUUUGGUUAAAUAUCUCUGACUUCUAUAAUUGUAUAUAUUUUUUGUAUUUACUGGUAAUUGAGGUAAUUCUUCUUCUGAUAUCAUCCAAGUAUUGAUGAGUUUAUAAAAUAAUAUGAUAAAUAUUAUGCAAGAUAAUAUGAUGGAUGAUAAACAAAUUAAAAUGCAAGUAAAAGAGGAUACUAAUGAUGAUAUAUUUUGUUAUGGAUGAUGAUGGAUGAUAAGCAAAUUAAAAUGGAAGUAAAAUAGGAUGCUAAUGAUUGAUCUAUUGUUUUUAUGGAUGAUAACUAAACUAAAAAAUAAAUAUUUUUCUUUAGUGUGUGUGUAAUGUUGAUAUGCUGCUUGCCACAGCGUGCGCUGCAUAUCAUCUGUGUUUUUCUUAAAGCUUUGGGCUAAAAACCCCCCAAAAAAAACAUCCUAAAUACUAUAUCUUAAAUCCUAAAUCCUAAACCCAAAGGUUAAAAAAUAUAUAUAUUUUUUAACUUAAAUACUAUACCAAACUCUAAACAUUAAACCCAAAGCUUAAAAUAAAAUUUUUAAAAAUGUUUUUUUUUAUCCUAAAUACUAUACCGUAAACUCAAAGCUUAAAAAAAAAUAAAAUAAAAAUAUUUUUUUUAGCCUAAUACUAUACCCCAAAUCCUAAAUCCAAAAAUACAAAAAAAAAAGCAGUUGAAAGCUUAAAAAAAAAAGAAAGAAAAACACACUUGAUAUGCUGUGCGCGCACUGUCACGCAGUGUGCUGUGCGCAACAUAUCAGUUAUAAUAUGUGAAAAUAGUAAUAAAAAUAAAUGUGAGUAAUUUAAAAUUACCAAUUAAAUAAUCAAAAGAUUUUUUAAAGAGAGAUAGCAAUUAUAUAAAAGUGAAGCG